AUGGUAGCUGCUGCUGCUUCUUUAGCACUUGGUAUUAAAACAGAGGUUAUAAGAGGUGGAAGGAGGGUGGAGAUUUCAAUAUUUGAUAUUGUUGUGGGUGAUGUCAUUACUCUUAAAAUCGGGGACCAGGUUCAUAAAGAUCAUAAAUCACCAUUUUUAAUGUCGGGGUGUAAGGUGGCAGAUGGCUAUGGUACUAUGAUGGCCACAAGUGUUGGAAUACAUACAGAAUGGGGAUUACUUAUGCCCAGCAUCUCAAAAAAGAUAAUGGAGAGGAAACACCAUUACAGGUUAGUUUUUAUAAAAGGUGCGUUUGAAUGGAGUGGCUACAUUUAUUGGUAUAGUAGGGCUUGUGGUGGCUGUAUCUGUUCUUGUCAUCCUACUCAUAAGGACGAUAAGGAUCAAGUGGAGUUUAUUGCUGGGAAAACUAGUCUUGGGGAUGCUGUUGAUGGAGCAAUCAAAAUUUUCACUGUUGCAGUCACGGUUGUUGUGUUUGCGGUUCCAGGAGGACUUCCAUUAGCUGUCACAUUAACUGGUUCAGAACUACCCUCAGCAACAGGAACAUCCAAACGUCCUGCAAUUUCACACUAUCCUUUUGCACAUGAAAACUGGUGA